AUGACAGAAAAGAAGGUAAAAGUCGGAGAUGUAAUAAAAAGUGACGAAAAAUUCGACUAUGUGGUCUCUCAACUUGGACCAAAGCUCUUGUACAAAAUCCAAUACGAAAACUUAAAAGAAAACUUUGCUGAACUAGUGCCAGCAGAUAAGGUCAAGGAUUUGGAUGACAAUUUCUUCAGACCGAAAGAUGCAAACGCCAACUUCGCAAGCGAGGGUGACAAAGUUAAAGCUGAGCUAUUUGGGGAGUGGAAAACUGCAACUGUUUUGUGCACUAAAUUUGGAGAAUGUGAAAUUACUUGUUACAAGAAGGGAACGAAGAAAUCUUAUUUUUCUGAAUGGAUAACACUGGCUCCCAAAGAAGAGAAUGAAAAAACCAAAGAAACUAAUUUGUUUAUCCCAACUGAAAGUGAUAAAGUCGAUACCCGAGUACUUUCUCCCGAACCAGGAAUUAGAAAAUAUACAAAUUCUGGGGGAUUCGAGAAGCUGUCCGAGAAAGUUGAUUCUAUCAUUACAUCUGAAAAAUGGGACGAGGUAAUCUCUAAUUUGAACAGCUUUUAUAUAAAACCACAAUGGAGUGGACAGCCUCUCAACGAUGAUUAUAACAUUUUCCUUCUCACCUGCAACUUUGAUAAGAUCUUUGUUGAUAGGCUAAAAAUCCUUCUCGAAUCUUCUGGGCUGACAGUAACAACCUCAGAAGAAGAACUCCACAAAUCAAGGGUAUUACUGCUCCUUUACACUGACAACGCCUCCUACGACGCCACGCUCAUUCGUCUUCUAACCAGAGGUGCUGAACUUGCUAACAGCGGCGAACUUUGUAUUAAAGUUUUAGUCCACCCAACAUGUUCCGCUUUCAGACAAAACAGAAUCCCUGACAACAUGGCUUACUCCCUUGCUGACAGUAAGUGGUAUAACUGGAUCGGUGUGGAUUCCCCGGAGGUCAGCUUCACUGAGAUGGCUUCACAGAUCAAAAGUUACACCGAGAGAAGUGAAGCUGAUUUGGUGGAACUCAGUACUGUGUGUGGUAUAUGGCAUUGCAAGGUUGUUGUUAGUGGGGACUUUUGCUCUAAUUUCUACGAUAACCGAUGUAUGACACUGUACUUGUACACUGAUGAUGACGGCAAGGUUCGGGGCCGUACUCCCUCAGGUAUCGUACUUGAGGGUGACUUUAACACUGACAGCAGGAUCCUUGAUAUCACUGGUGCAUACUGUGGACCGUGGAAUCAAGAAAACGAGGGGUGGAAGGAGGAAUAUUUCCAGAUAAUGCUGAGGAUAAAGGGAGUGUUGGACUAUAAAGGCAGCCGAUUUGAAGGGCAGAUCUGCGAGGUAUCAUGUGUUGGAGACAAAGUGUACGAGUGUGUGGGUACACUGUCAGCUGACCAAGAAAACGAGGGGGUUUCAGGGUUUUACGAGAUAACUGACACCCUCUCCGAGUUAAAAGGGGAGAAGGGACACAUGACUAUCAUCCAGCAGCGAGGCGGGGAUCUGUUAGCAGAUAUCAAGGGACACCACGGUGUAAUGUAUCCAGGGAUAUUUGAUUCGGCUAGUCGGCGGUUCUGGUUAUACGUUCAGAAUACUCCCAGCUCCUGUACAACCUACGAGGGAGUGUUUAACGCUGGAAACAGGUCCACUGAGGCUAGUGGCUCUUUCUUCAAGUGUAAAAACGGGGUGACAGUAAUUCCCAAGACGAAGUUCUACGCUAAACGUGAGAUGGUUGGGGAGACUGUUCAAGUGGACACAAUGAACACUGAAAUGUUUUUACAGCUUGUAGCUGACGCUCAACAACGGUCCUUGCGCACGUCCGUCAUCAACUCAUUCACUUACGUUCCCCCGAAACCUGAAGAUUUCCCCGUACUAAUCGUAGGAGCUGAUGAGGAUAAGGAAGUCUUGAAAGAACUGAAAUAUAAUCUUCUGAAAGCGGGAGUGGGCCCUAUCUCUUGUGAUGCAAAUGAUUUGGAUUCUGCCCGAAGUGUUUGCUUCAUCCUGUCGGCUCAUGUCCGUGAUAAUACUGACCUCGUUGAAACCGCCAAAAAGAUCUCAGUUAAAGACGUCCCAUUCUUUAUCAUAGCAAAUGAUGCCCGACGAAAUAUAUUCAACGACAAGUUCUGGAAAGAUCUGAACCUGAAAGAAACUCUACUAAGUUGUCUUGCUAGACUGAAACAAACAGGCAAAAUGACACUAGAUCCGAAUUCGUUACUCUUCAAAACACUUGUCAAGGAAGUUAAGAGUAACUACAAGCCUCCCGUCUACUUUCUAUCGGGAAUGUGGUCCGUUAGAACAUUCAGUAAAGUUGACUUCAAGAGUGGAUACAACGAGGCCGCUGCUGACGCCAGGAAAGGGAAAGUCAAACACCUCACUUUUCCCAAACUUCUCUAUAUUUUAACUGACGGUGUUUCUGGGAGGGUUGUUGGAAUCAAUGAUUUUGUUUCUUCAAAGCAAUUCAAAGGACAUGUAAACAAUGAAGAAAGCACCUUCACAUUUGAUAACGAAGAUUCUAAAUAUGAGUUGGUUAUUGAGAGAGAUGGUCAAACCAUGCAGGGAACUUACAUCAACAGAGUUCAAAACAUCCAAAUGGAAAUCACCUUGACACUCGAAAUAGAUGAAAUCAGUGGCAUAUACACGGUAAAAGAGCAGAACCAAAUGUUAGGUAUUGUAAAAACAGGACAACACUCAGUGGACGUUUACUACAGGAACUACAUCCUGCCCGGGGUGUUCUACGGGAGUAGGUUCUACUGCACCAUACCCAGGUGUGUCAACAGGAAGCCAGUUCUCAGCACCAUGGUCGGGGUUAUCCAGAAAUCAAUGUCAGGAUCCAGCCUGAUCUGUUUCGAGUACGCUUCCCUGGCCAAUACCAGGUGUUUGUCGUACGUGUACGAUUAUUUGCAGACUCGGUUUCAGAAACUUGAUGAAGCCGACAAGAUUGGAGUGAGUUGUGAGGCUUAUGUGCUGGAUUUUAUUGAGAGGUACAUUGAAGCGUUCAAUGAUGUGGAUUACGUGUCGUAUAAAGAGCUGCAUACCGAGUCUGUGAUAGAAGGACAGGAUGCGUUUGAAGCUUAUUGUAAGAGCACUCAUGAUAUCAUGGGGAAGAUUGAGAAUUAUAGUUUUGUGGGUCGUAGGAAAAUGCUGGAAACAAAUCUGUCGCAUCUCUCAAUCUCCCGCUACGAGUUUGAUAUUAAAUACGGGGCUAGAACCAGACGAGAAUUCUUCAUUAUUGACGAGAACUGUUUGUUGAGAGGAACAAUGAGUUUAGAAGAGGAAGCUCUGCAGUUCCACUCAUCAAUAUACGAUGUUAUGAUUACCUACAGAAGUACGGAUAGUGGUUGGGCGGACCUCCUUCAAAUGUACUUGGAGAACAACGAGGUGCUGUGCUGGAGGGACCAGCGGAUGGAAAUCGGAGCUAACUGGAGUUCAGACAUCACCUCCGCUAUUCGACUAGCUAAAUGCGAACUUUGCCUGCUCUCCGAAGAAUACCUCAAAUCAGAGAUGUGCACCAAGGAGAUCAGCUUAGCAUUCGACUCAGGCAAACUAAUAAUACCACUUGUCCUGCCCCACACAGACCAGAGCAAGCCACGCCCCCUGGUAAAGUCCACCUACAAGCCCUCCUACCCUCCCCAUCAGAUUAGCCACGAGACCAGCCAGUCUACUUGGAUUGACUUCCGGCCUGCUUCCUCUGACGUGGAUCCGGAGAAUGUAGGUCAGUUUGAGCUGAUGUACCUGGACCCGCUGAAAGUGCUGCUAGAUCGUCUCCAGCUCUCCAAAACCAGGUCUAAUAUCUGUGAUAUUAACGGUUCCUGGCUUGUUUCUAUCACGGAUACUGUUGGGAGGAAACUUAAGAGCAAAGUUGCUUUGGAGUAUAUCAGAAGAGUCCCAAGUGGAGUCCUCCAAGAGGAGUCCGGCAAACCGGUAGCACGGCUGAGUCCUCAGUCGAUAGUUUGUGGAACUAGACUUCUACUGUACUUCGUUAAUCCUAAGACUUACGACCUUGUUUUGGGCAUCAAAGCUAUGAUGUCUGGCGAUAACAGAUCGUUCUCAGGAGUUCUACUCGGAGCAGACUGUAGGUCCGUGGUGUACGCGCAGAAAGUCGAGGACAAAUUCCGGUCCAUUGAGCGAGGAGGUUUGGUGUACACAGCGGAGACAGCCUCACCAAACUACGAUCUCCUCACCCGACUUCACCCCCAAAUCAGCCGCACAGAACUAGACGAACUGUUCACUGCAUUCUGUAAGAUAGACAUUAGUCAGGACUACAGACUGUCCCCGGAUGAGAUCACGUCCUGUUUGAAGAUGAUAGGCAGGCCCAUGUCUAAACGGCUGGUUUCUGAACAGAUUAGGCGGUUUGAUGUGAAACAAUCGGGGGCGUUGGAGUUUGAUGAGUUCGUGCACUUUUUAAGUAAGCAAUCCGGGGCGGGAGCUAUUACAAGCAAACAUGCCAGCAAAGUGUGCUCUGUCAUGUAAACAUGCCAGCAAAGUGUGCUCUAUCAUGUAAACAUGCCAGCAAAGUGUGCUCUAUCAUGUAAACAUGCCAGCAAAGUG